AAGAGCGCGACUUGAAAAUUCCGCAUUGCAAUCCAAUAAAUAGUCAACAUGGCGGAAAACGAAUUGAUGGUUACAAUUUCUGGUGCAGCACUUUCUCUCCUGUUUUAUGAGAAUGUACGAAGCCGAGGUGAUCAGAUGGGCUUUUUCUUCGGGGAAGUGCUAUCAUUCGUCACGAAAAACGUCACAGAUUCAGAGAGACAUGUGGAGUCGGUGAAGGUUCACGUUGACAUCCAGAGUAUCAUAAAAUGCUCCCCAACGGAUCAGAUCUACAACGCAGCUGGCGAGAUAAAGGAAGACAAUUUAAAGGAUUUCAUCAAGGACAAGGGUAAAAACGUGGUAGGGUGGUUCCGAUUCCGUCGCAACGGUUCACUCACUCCCACUCUGAGGGACAAAAUACUCCACAAACAGUUUCUAUCGAUUUUUCGAGACCCCAGUAAUCAGAUCAACGAGGAUUAUUUUGUCGCCUGUAUGCUCAAUACCUCAAUGACUUUGGGAGAAGGAACUCACAAGUUUAAGCAUGUCUUUCUGCAUUACAAGCAAGGGAUGUACAACCCCAUUCCCCUGAGAAUAAAUAAUUUGGGUCACGAUGCGACGAGACACGAUGGCUCUGAUUACAAGCCAAGCCCAAGGAAAUACUGUGAUGAGCCAGAUGCCUUCACAAAAUUUGUAAAAUCUCUGAAUUUGGAUUUGGCUCGAACACCUGGGAUCCACUCAAUCAGCGAGAUCCAACGAGCUGCUGAGCAGCACCUGGAAGACCUAGUCCCAUUGAUUGUCAAGACUGAUCAGGAGGUUGCUGAGCUGGAGAGGAGUGUACUGGAAACUAGACGAGCUCUAUUCGAGAAAUUGAUGGAGAAGGAACUCAGGAGCAGGGAGGCACAACUGAUUGAUACCAAGUGCAGAUCUCGCAGGGACAAGUUUCAGCGUAACGAGGAGUCAACGUCGAGAGCUUCCAGGUGUCAGGAUGAUUCUUGGUUGUCGAAGGACUCAUCAAUUACUCCUAAACAGAAGACCCGUCACUCCAUGGCAUUUGACAGUCACAUAACGCCGAGCCCUGAACAGCUGCCUAAUCCUUAUGCAACAAGAAAAUCUUCCUCGUACAGUCAAGCAGCAAAAAAAACAACCGAGCGUAUGAUUGACGAUUCGGAGCCAGACUGUUGAUGAUUCUCUAAGUUGAUGAGUUUCCUUGAAGAAUUUAUCGUUCAUUCAAUUUUCUUUUUGCAUUUCGUAAGAAAAAUUAAUAAAAUAUCAGAGAGAGAGGGAGAGAAAAAAAUUAAGAGAGUUCCACGUUUAUCCAAAGAAAUUGUUAUCUGUGUCGUUGGAAUAAAAUACCCAAUGUAUUUUUCACAGACUCCUUAUCAUACGUCACUGUAAAUAUUUUCUUACAUUAAAAUAUAGUUGUAAUCACUAAA